UUAAAUUGCAAAUUUUCGGUUUAUUUGAUUUCGCGCUGCUCUGUUUUGGGUACCAGCCAGUGCCCCCACACCCGCACCCACCAAACGCCGCACAUCGCCACAGAUCUCGGGUUAUCGACAGGAUGAUGAGCUACAGGAGCGCCAUGCGGCACCAGAACGUGGUCGACGACUGUCAGCGGAUUAGCUGCAACAAGGGUCCGAGCAGCGCCCUCUUCCAGCUGUCCGGGCGCUGUGUGAUCGUCAAGGACAUCGUGCUGGGCUGCCGCAUGGAGUGGAGCGACCCCGACAUACCCUCCCUGUUCGACCACACCUGGUGCGUCUACCUGCGCCAGCAGGACAAUGUCGGCAUGGAGAAGUUCGUCCGCCGCGUCACGUUCCGGAUGUCGCCGCGACUGCCGCUGCGUCUGCAGGUGGCGGACAGCGCCCCCUUCGAGAUCACCGAGGUGCUGGUCACCGACUUUCCCAUCGAGAUGCAGGUGGAGUAUACGGACCCCAAAAUGACGCCCACCACCUACGUCUUCAAGGCACCCCGCCUCGCCGGUCGCACGCCCGAGGAGACGCCGGACAAGAUGAUCUUCGUGAAUCCUUCGCCGGCCAUGCGUCUCAGUCUCGCCGCGUGCAGUCUCUCCACAAUGGCCACGGCCACGGGCUCCACUUCCUCGCUGCUAUCUGUAGCCGGGGUCAAGAGGCUGGACGGAAAGGUCGGGGAUGCGGCGGAGAAGCCCAAAAAGCCCGGGCUAGCCGUCAAGAAGCAUUACCAGUGAGUGCGCCGUCCUGCGU